AUGACAGCAGAAACACCAAGAAAAUCAAUUGCUAACCGUGUUAUUGAAAUGAUCGCAGGAGACCCCGAGGAUGAGGGCAAGAUCGCCGCAGAUGAAGAGAGCAUCACUGUUUCUAAUGAAAAAAUUUCUGCAGAGGAAAAAAAAAGCUGGAUAUCAUCAAACGGUGCAAAUCUUGAAGAAAAGGAAGAUAAGGAUUUGGCGAUGGCAUCAAGAAAACGAAAGCCUGGUAACCUGGCAACGAAAACUCCCGUUGACGAGACGGUAGGGGUGAUAAGCGAAGAGUCCGUCUCUAAAACCGACUUGCCAAUGUCCGAGGCGAAAGAAAAAGUGCAGGCACAAGUUAAUGAUGUCCUUGAGCGUCAGAUGGCUGGUGAGACCACACCAUUGCGACAAAAGGAAGUCGAGAAUGUAGUGGAAGAAAAUGGUACUACUAAUCUAUUAGUGGCGAAUGGUUCACGAUCUUCGAUCGGAGAAUCACCGCUGAAAAAUCAUGUCAUUGAAACAGAGGAGAUGGCCCGGGCCACCACAACACCCGGAGAAAAGAUCCCAGAACCCAAAUCUUCAGAGGAAAAGAGCUCCGCUGCUUUUAUUGCGAGUGCCUCCAAAACUUCUCUGAAAAGUGCCGCAGAAACAUCGACCAAAAGCGCCACAAAUGUAUCCACAAAAAGCGCCACCAAUGUAUCGACCAAAAGCGCUACAAAUGUGUCCACAAAAAGCAACCUCAGUGGCGGCAAAGGCAGUUCCACCAGUGUUUCAAACAAUGCCGCAAAUGGCUCGAAGGGUGUAGUAGCGACUAGCGGCAUUUCGAAUUCGUCGCUACGUGACUCGUCCAUUGUGAGCGGUGGCAUUUCGACGACGCCCGUCGCUAUUCAUAGCGGCACCUUCUGGAAGCAAGGAAAAUAUCUUUCAUGCUCGUGGAAAGAGCGUCACUUCCAGCUAUUUUCAACCGGAGAGCUCAAGUGGUACCUUCCUGGAAACUCGGCGACUGUUAAAGGGAUACUUGCCAAUGUCAAUAGCUCGUCAACAGUCAUAAAUCUCCCAGAGAAAAAAGUGAAUGUCACUCGGGCAGACAAGUCGAAGCUGUCCCUUCACAUGCUGGCGCUCAAGACACGGGGAGCAGGUAGCCAGCUAUCACCUAAGACCAUGCUGCUUGGAAUGGAAAGUGAGCAAGAGAUGAUGACGUUUAUUGAGAAAACCAAGCAGAUAAGCAUAUCUGCAAGUAACUAA